CGUUGAGCGACAUGAUCUUAAAGAACCAUCUUAUAUCGAUUAUCUUAUGGCAACCAUUCAAUCUAAGCAAUUAGAUGAUAAAGAUCUUAAGGGAAAAGGUGUAGAAACUAAAGGAAUGGGAGAAUCUAAGAAUAAAAGACGAUAUCCGUGCUCUUUUGAAGGGUGUAAUAAGGCAUUUCAACAGCAAGCACAUUUACGUAUUCAUUUACGGUGUCAUUCAGGAGAAAAGCCAUUUGUCUGUGGGCAAUGCGGGAAAACAUUUGCACAACUUGGUAAUUUAAAGACACAUCAAAGACGACAUACUGGGGAAAAACCAUAUAUUUGUACAUAUACAAAUUGUGGAAAGAAAUUUGCACAAAAAGGAAACCUUCGUGCUCAUAAAUUGAUUCAUGAAGGGGCUCGUCCGUAUGUUUGCCGACUGGAUAACUGUACAAAGACAUUUACACAGCUUGGAAAUUUAAAGGUUCAUCAAAAUAAAUUUCAUAAUGAGUCUAUUUGUAGAUUCAAUGCAAAGCUUAAGUCUUUACAAUUACCAAAUGCUGAAGAUGAGCAAUUGCUUGAUUAUUUUUUAACAUUAUAUCGGUAUUCUAAUCAAGGUAUUAAAGGUCGAGGUAAAGAGAAGACAGAAUUGCCAUUGAAAAAAGAAACAGAAAGUGCAAAUGAAGCUAUUGAUGCUUCUUCUGAUUUUUCAACAGAUUCUUCACAUUUACCUUUUUCUGAUAAAAUGGGUUCUCAAACUAUGAAACAUGAAAAUUUAUCUACAACAAAUGAUAUAGAUCUUGAUGAAUUACUUGAAUUAAAUCAAGAGAAAAUCGAACAAUUAAUUGCUUGUAAUAAAUUAGAAAAAAAUGUAUCUGAUGAUUUGCAAGAUAAUUUGCAAAAUACACUUCAAGAAUUGGAACAAAUUAAUGUUAGAGAUCUUUUAUUACAGCUUGAUGAUCCUUCAAAUCUGAAUGAUAUGGCAGGAUUUUCAUAAUAAUAAAUAAUUCACUAGAAUUAAUGGACAUACAACAAAUAUCAUA